AUGACUGAAUCAAGUCGACCUCAUUCCUUUCUCAGGUCCCUCUUCCAAAGACUUAAAGACCUUGAGCCUGAUUUCCCUUCCCCUGAAGACCUUCAGGGACUUGGAAUCCAAACAUUUGAAGUGCCCUUCGACCCGGACGAAGAAACUCUCAAAUUUAACCCGUGCUUCUUUCGACCACACCCAGAUAAACUCCUUGAAAAAUAUCCUAUCCAUCCUGAAGUGGACCAGGAUUAUCGUGAGAGUUAUCUGAAGAUACAACGUGCCCGCACCAUACAGGAAUACAUCGAUGAUUCCCCAACGGAACAUCAAUAUCCCCCACACACCGCUCCAAUAUUUGAGAAUCUCACGUGGAUGGACCGUGAUCAUUAUGAGUUCCACAACAUUGAGUACGAACAAGGCCAGGAGAUAGAGAGUGUUAUCGGUUCUCACCUGGACAUGCAAAGACAAGGACCAUCCGAUUACUUCACGCUUGAACAACUUAGGAACCAAGAAUAUUGGAGGCAACUCGGCCUACAAAGCAGGCGAUCCUUGGCCUUCGGAGGGCUAUUUAGCAAAAAGAACAUGGGGAGUGGUCAUAUUGCUCACAUUCGUCCUACUGAGACAUGUCGAGGAAUCACUACACAUGAGCUGAGAGCUAUUGUGUGCACGAUGCUCCUUCGAGUAAAUCACAAACCUUUCCGUAGAUGCCGCAUCCAUCCAGUUUUGGUUUUCUCUUACAUGGGCGAUCAACAGGGGAGAAUCAUUCAGGCUUUGUAUGAUGGAAAGAAGAUAAUCUUGCAGUGCUCGCAACUAUGGAACUUCGGGGACGAAGAAAAAGCUCCUGUGGAAUUGUUCGUUCGGUAUCGUUUGUCUGAGCCAGUCGGUGGUACGUACACAUUGUCUAUUAGAUAA